CAGAUUGCAGGCCUCGAGGGCCAGGUGGCUGCCAAGGACGCAGAGAUACGGGUUCUGAAUUCCCAGAUGGUUGCCAAGGAUGCGGAGAUAGAGAGCCUAGGACGCCAGCUGGCCGACAGGGAAGGUCGGAUCAUUCAGCUACGAGCCCAGGUGGCUGCCUGGGUGUCGUACGAUGAGGAGAAGAGGGCCAGGCUGGAGGCCGAGAUGCUGACUCUGCACUCCACGGUGGCUUCCGCGUGGGACUCUUUCGAAGGGAACGUCAGCAAGGCCCGCCCGUAAAUAAAAAUAAUGAUGAUAACAAUGCCACAAGCGAUACUUUCUGAUACUGUAUUUGAAGCAGUUGUUCGAAUUCCUUAUGAUAUGCAAGUGAAACAAGUUCUUGCUAAUGGUGAAAAGGGAGCUUUGAAUGUAGGGGUUGUUCUUAUUUUACCCGAAGGAUUUGAAUUAGCCCCCCUGAUCGUAUUUCGUCAGAGAUGAAAGAAAAGAUAGGGAAUCUGUCUUUUCAAAGUUAUCGUCCCAAUAAAAAAAAUAUUCUUGU